GCAGAUUUGGGUGGCCAGAUAACCCUGCGCUUUACAACGACACAUCAAGCUAUUUCCUCACGGCCUUGAGGAAAUUAGAAGCAGAUGGAGUGAGUUGUCGGGAUCUUGACGCCUGGUCAGGGACUGAAGACCUGAGAUAUCGGUUGCAAAAAGAGACGGGAGGACCUGGACCAGGAGUAAUUCAACAACAACAACAACAACAACAGCAAGGGUUGAUGGCGAUGAAGGGCCAGCAACAGCUACAGCAGCAGGAUAUUUCCUCUCGUAGUUCUGCUUUCUCUUGGUGUUUGGAGAAGCCUAGUAGUUCUCGUUCGUCUUCUGGCGCUCCUGGCGCACCAUCAGCAUCAUCUACGUCUCAUCGUUCAGCUUACAAGCGUCACUCGAAAUACGGUCUAGCGAAUGAGGUACACGUGAACUUCACUGAAUCCGGGUCAAUCGAAAUCAAGGAUUUACUUCCUUCGCGACGUCAACAAAGCAGUAGUGGUUAUCAUGCUCCAAAUGCCACGGAAAUGUCGUUGAAAGACAUCGAAGCGCUAGGUCAUGAACUGGAUUCCGCAACUUUGGAAGAGGACUGUGCGAUUUGUCUGGAGACUGAGCCUCUAGACCGGAACGGCAGUAUUUGCCUGAGCAAGUUCUGUGGUCAUAAGUUUCACAAAUCCUGCUUACUGUCGUGGUUCCGCGAGAAGAAAAGCUGUCCUUGUUGCGGUGCGAUGUUGUUGGCUAAGAAUGUGAACGGUUCGAAAGAAGAGCGCGAAGUGCACAUCGGUCACAUGCCAGAUGGCUGCAUGAAGUGGAAAACCUUGCCGACACAAACGCCAGGCACACAAUCUACACAUAGUAUACAAGUUGAUUUCAAAUUUGCACCGGGGACAGCUGUCGCGUCCUCUGCGCAACCAGUAGUAGUUGCAGGCGGUUCGUCCUCAUCGUCUUCAUCAACGACAAAUAAUAUGCGUUUCUAUCAUGGCCGAAAAGAGACCGCUUUUCUUGCGUUGAAUCGAGAAGGGACCACUUUGCUCGAAAUGUUUAAGAUCGCCUUCAAAAGACGAGUCAUGUUCGGACUGGGAGAGCGAUUGACUUAUGGCACAAUGCUGUUUAUUGAGGGACAAAGGAACUUCCACUAAAGUGUCCUUGAUAUUGUUUAGUCUCCCAGAUAGUACAUGUAAGACUAUGUGAGACUCACAUGCCAUGCCACUUCCUCAUUUCUUGAUGUAAGUAAAUUUCGCCAUAGGUAAGUAGUGCUGCAUACCCCGGUAGGUGCUGCAUACCUAUUUAGGAUGCACAGAAUAGAAUAAGUAGUUCUUCUAAUCCUGGACCGGCACUUUCGCUCCGACCUUCAACAUCCACUUGAAGACUCGGCUGGAUCCGGUCGGCGCGCAGAGACACGGCUAUCCCGAUGAGGGGUACUAUGGGAGGACCAUGCAAGAGUUGAAGGAUAACCAUGUCGAAUUGGAGGAUAUCGAAAUUAUUUCUCCUGCAAAUGAACACCAAAAAUCCUCAUCUGGAGCACAAGCACUUGUUGUUAAUUUCCUGUCUACAACCUCCUCUUCGUCCUCUUCAACAUCGACAUCUGUAGCUCUGGCCCUAUCAUCCGGAGCUGCUCUGGCACCUGCAGCUUCGUCGUCGUCCUCUUCAUCUGCUGGGCCAAAGAAGAGAAAGACGAAGAAUGGGGGAUAAGCGCGUUGAUUUGAUGCCCAACAAUACAUUCGAGUUACUGACCAUCGAAAUUUUCAAACUUUGUACUACAGUUCUUCAUCUUGCAACCCCAACGACAUCUACAACUUUUUUUGCGUCGCCAAUGCCAUGAAAACGAAACAAGAUCUACUCAAAGAGCUCGCAUGCUAUAUUAAGCCUGAG